AUGGCUGCCCUCGCGUCAUCCAGUGGGUACGACACACUGGUGAACUAUCUAAGUGCUGCGGCAGAGCCCGAAACCUAUGUCUGCUCGCCAGGGGAUAGGAUUUCAUCUCUGCGCCUCGCAGAUGUUUGCCUGCAUCCCAGGGGAAAUGGGAGCAGCAACGGGGCAGAAAUGAUGACAGCACCCAUCGGCUCCGUCUCCAGGAGACGGGAGAAGAGGAAGACGGCGCAGAGAGCUCCCGCGACUCAGCCUCCGGCUCAGGAUGGAUCCCUUGUGGUGCCCUUGCUGCACGUCACUGAGCUUCCCGAGCACUUUCAUCCGCCCGUCUCAUCCCGAGGCAGAGCUUGGCUUCUGGAGCAGAGAGCGAGAGCAGAGCACAUGAGCCGAGUUAAUUGGUCAGCUAUCGCCGUGUUCAGCAAGGGGAGCCGAGGGCCGAAGCAGCAUGGACUGGAAGCCCUGUCAUGUGGGAAGAUGGAACUUCAUCAACCUGCUGUGGCUUUGAGUUCCUCUGGAGUUGCUGGAGAGGCCAGAACCGACAGAUCAGGAGAGUACAGCCAGAGCAGUGGCUCUCAGGAUGAGUUCCCGGGGAUCCCCAUGGAAGCGUCAGAGGCUGUAGGAAGUGUUAUUGUACCCAUUCUCCACACCGCUAACUGCUAUGUAUUAUGUUUGUUUUCACAGACAGGUAGACCGGAGGCUUUCCCUCAGAGAUCGCAGGCCGAAAGCACGUGCCUGGGAUCCAACCGCAACUUUUCCCAGAAGUGCGGGACAGGGACUGGAACUUUACCUCAACUCGACCCACCGGUUAAACAGGUGGUGGUGACCAAUGGCAAACUCCUCCACCAAUCUGAUGGCACCUUACCCAGCAUCGUCAAACAGCUGGUGCAGAACGUCCAGCAGAGUCAGGAGGAGCGAGAGAGGCCGCGGCCACAGUUCCCAGCACGUUUUGGCUCCUCUGUGGACAAUAUCUCAGAGUCUCUAACCAGAAGCAUCAUUAACAAGUUUGAGAAGAUCAGGACUUAUGAAGGACAGCGGCUGCCCAUGUCACCAUCAGCUGCGCUGAAGCACUUUCGGAGCCAGCUCACAGAGUAUGAGCAGGAGGAGAUUAUGGACUACACCGAGAUCUGGUAUCUGGGCUUAGACACCAAGAAGAUUCAGGGCUGCCAGGGAUCUACACAGAAUUCAGGCUAUGAUGAUGAACAUGGCAGCUACCUGAAGGUCCUUCACGACCAUAUCGCCUACCGCUAUGAGGUCCUGGAAGUGAUUGGGAAGGGAUCUUUUGGACAGGUCCUCAAAUGUCUGGAUCAUAAGACAAAUGAGAUGGUGGCCAUCAAGAUCAUUCGCAACAAGAAAAGAUUCCACCAACAGGCACUGGUCGAGCUGAAGAUUCUGGACGCACUGCGGCGGAGAGACCGAGACAACUGCCACAACGUCAUCCACAUGAAGGAGUAUUUUUAUUUCCGCAACCACCUCUGCAUCUCCUUCGAGCUCCUGGGAGCAAACCUGUAUGAACUGAUCAAAAAGAACAACUUCCAGGGCUUCAGUCUGUCGCUGAUCCGACGCUUCGCACACUCUUUGCUCAAGUGCCUGCAGAUGCUCCACAGGGAGAAGAUCAUCCACUGUGACCUCAAACCGGAGAACAUUUUGCUAUCCCAGCGAGGACAGGGAAAUAUCAAGGUAGUUGACUUCGGAUCAAGCUGUUACGAGCAACAGAGAGUGUACACUUAUAUCCAGAGCCGUUUCUACCGCUCUCCAGAGGUGAUCCUGGGCCACCCGUACAGCAUGGCCAUAGACAUGUGGAGCCUAGGCUGUAUCCUGGCCGAGCUUUACACGGGAUACCCACUUUUCCCCGGGGAGAGUGAGGUCGAGCAGAUCGCCUGCAUCAUGGAGGUGAUGGGUUUGCCUCCAAACGACUUUGUUCAGACUUCAUCCAGAAGAAGGUUAUUUUUUGAUUCAAAAGGAAAUCCACGAAACGUCACGAACAGCAAGGGGAAAAAACGCAGACCCAACUCCAAGGAUCUUUCCAGUAUACUGAAGACCAACGAUCCUCUGUUUUUAGACUUUAUUAGGCGCUGCCUUGAGUGGGACCCCGUGAAGCGGAUGACUCCGGAUGAAGGCAUGCAGCACGAGUGGAUCCACGAGGGCCGGCUUAACAAGCUCCGCCCUAAAACACGACCAAUCAGGAAACCAGGAGAGAGUGACAGCAACUAUGAGUACAGCUACCGCAGGACAAUCUCAAACAGGACUGCAGAAAAGUCAGGCUCAGAGGACAGACUGAGGAGAGAAAACUCAGCCAAAGGAGGUAAAAGAGAGACAGCAGAACGCCUGCGACCAAUAGGAGCAUCUGCAGAGAAGGAAACCAGUGAGGGAGUGAGCAACACUGCAGAGAGCAAAGACAGCCAAGACAGCAAACCAGAAAGCCAUCCACAGGGCAGCUCAGUGAGGAAAUCAGACAGUGGUGAGCGCUCCGUCGAAAUCAACAUCCAACAUCAGUCUCAGUCGGCAUCAAGCACAGACUCAGAGGAUCAGGAGCCUCACACUCUACCACCCAUCCUUUAACUUCAUUACUUUCGGAUAAUUCAGACGUUUGGUCAGUAAUACCAUGGGCAGUGACACUGAGUCAGAAGGUGUGUUUAGAGCAUAGGUAUACUUAUUAGAGACCUAGAUAGCUAACAGAGUCCGAACUACUAACUUGAAUAGACUUGUAUUUAUUUUCCCUGACUUUUAAAUGUAUUUUUCUUUAAGAUGUACGACAGAAUCAAAAGUACUAGUGGCUUUUUUUAUUUUCUUUUUUUUAUUUUAUUUGAGGUUUCCAAGCUGAAGGUUAGUAAGAUUGUGAUGGAAAAAAAUAACAAAAUAUAUUAAGUUAAAUGAAAACACUCAAAGUAUAACUCUUUCCAGUGACUUUGUAUGUAAUGCUUAACAGUGAUAGCACACCACAUUUUAUUGUAGGUUACAGUUUGCUAGCUAGUUAGUGAUUUGAAAGCUAGCGAGCAGCUCAGUAAAUAGCUAGCUAAGUUUCUGGAAAAUACAUUUGGAAUAAACCUGGUUACAAUAUAAUUUUUUCACAAACUACAGAAAUGUAGCAUGCUAAGACAUAGCAUUCACUGGAAAGUAUGGAAAGUAUAUUUUUAAUGUUACUUAAAAUCUCAACAGGUAGGCCAUUUAAGGUAAAUUAUGAGCCUCAUAGCUUUGUAUACACUUUUAAACACAACAGUGAUUUUUUUUAUAUGAUUGAAUCACCUCACUUGCUAGACAAUACAUGGAUAAACUAGCAUCUCUUAGUUUCAUUAAGUGUUAUAGCAGUAAAAUACUUAACACAAUUACUGCGACAUGAAACGUAUAUGGUUUUGUUCUAGGAAUACCUGGUAUGACGUCAAAUUUUUUGGGAAAGCAGGGAAUAUGUUUACGUUUCAUCCAUUUACAGAACAGAAAGAGAACACCAAUAUGACAGUUUUGUGCUCGGUUAUCUAGGUCUCUAAUAUACAUACAGUAUACUGCAUAAUAUUCUGAGUCGUACAGAUCUUGCGCUGAUACUGUGAUGUCCCUAUGAAGUAGAAAACGCCUUUCUGGAAAAGGAUCAUUAGAAAUCAAGCUACACUAAAACCUGCAUCACUCCUAUCCUGCAAGGUCAAAUGGUCAACGUGAGCCUUUAGCAACUUUUUCUUACCAAAUGUUGCUUUGAAGCAUUGAUUUCCUUAUUGUUUGAUAAAUGGUGUAUAAAUGGUACAACUUACUGUUACAAGAAAAGAAAAGAAAGC